AGUACUUAUAGACCUAAUAAUACCCGUCGGAAGGGAGAGACGUGACUGCCAGUGUCUUGCUACGCUUUGCACUGUCAUGGCGAGCUCGCGUGGCGGAGAGGCCCUGGCGCGAUCGCCGGAGCCGCACUCGCCGCUCCGCCGUCGCCCGCCCGUCGCGGCCGAAGGGGACGACGGGCGGGGAGGCGUCCGGCGAGGCGAGGACCAGGGUGCGGGAGGCAGUGUCUGGGCCGACUUCUCGCGCCGGGCUUCGGCGCCGGUGCAUCGGAGGGUGAGGGAGAGCCCCUUGAGCUCGGACGCGGUCUUUAAGCAGAGCCAUGCGGGUCUUUUGAACCUCUGUAUCGUAGUGCUAAUUGCAGUUAAUGGACGGCUCAUCAUUGAAAACUUGAUGAAGUAUGGUCUACUGAUAAGAGCUGGGUUUUGGUUCAGUUCAAAAUCAUUGAGAGAUUGGCCACUUCUGAUAUGUUGUGUCACUUUACCUGUUUUUCCUCUUGGUGCUUUUACAACCGAAAAGAUGGCUCAGCACAAGUUCAUUUCUGAACCACUUGUUAUCUGUCUUCAUGUGGUACUUACAAUGGCUUCAAUCUUGUAUCCAGUUUAUGUAAUCAUCAGGUUUGACUCUGCUGUUUUGUCUGGCUUCACAUUGAUGUUCUUUGCAAUCAUAGUUUGGUCCAAGCUUGUAUCAUAUGCACAUACGAACUAUGAUAGAAGAGUACUCUCCAAAUCUAUUCAUAAGGAUGAUAUACAUUCCCAUUUUCCAGAACUCGAUGAUUUAAAAUGGGUCAGCUUCAAAAGUUUAGUAUACUUUAUGGUGGCUCCCACACUUUGUUAUCAGCUAAACUAUCCUCGUACAACAUCCAUUAGAAAGGGUUGGGUGAUCCAUCAAAUUGUUAAGUUGGUGAUAUUUACAGGUUUGAUGGGCUUCAUAAUCGAGCAAUAUAUCAAUCCUAUCAUCAAGAAUUCUCAACAUCCUUUGAGAGGGAACCUUCUGUAUGCUAUAGAGAGAGUUCUAAAGCUGUCAAUUCCAACUUUGUAUGUUUGGCUUUGCAUGUUCUAUUGCUUUUUUCAUUUAUGGUUAAAUAUUCUUGCUGAGCUCCUUCGUUUUGGUGAUCGUGAGUUCUACAAAGAUUGGUGGAAUGCGAAAACAAUUGAUGAGUAUUGGAGAAUGUGGAACAUGCCUGUCCACAAAUGGAUGAUUCGUCAUAUAUAUUUUCCCUGCUUGCAGAAUGGCUUACCAAAGGGUGUUGCUCUUAUGAUAGCCUUCUUUUUAUCUGCCAUAUUCCACGAGAUAUGUGUUGCUGUUCCCUGCCAAAUAUUCAAGUUCUGGGCAUUCAUAGGAAUCAUGUUUCAGAUUCCCUUGAUCGUGUUGACAAAAUAUCUCCAGAAUAAAUUCAAAAACACCACGGUCGGAAACAUGAUUUUUUGGCUGUUCUUCUGCAUUCUGGGACAACCAAUGUGUAUCCUCUUGUAUUACCAUGAUGUGAUGAACAGGAAAGUGAAAUUGUAAUCACUUAUAGUUGCUAAAUUGAUAACCAUUGAAUG